AUGAUAGUUGAAAAGGGGCCUAUUAGAGAACUAAACCUUGAGUUUCCUCUUGAUGAUAAUAAUAGGCAUUUUUCAUAUGCUUACUAUUCUAGGAACUUAAAAAAUGGUGAGAUUAGUGACAGAAAAUGGUUGAUUUAUUCUAAACAUGUUGACAAAGUUUUUUGUUUUUGCUGCAAGUUGUUCAAAUCUAUUAAUAACAAAAGUUUAUUAGCGAGUGAAGGUUUAAGUGAUUGGAAGCAUAUUAGUGAGAGGCUGAGACAACAUGAAAAUAGUACUGAACAUAUGAAAAAUAUGUUUAAUUGGAAUGAAAUGAGGGUGCGGCUAGAUAAGAAUGAAACAAUUGAUAUAGAUUUGCAAGAAGCGAUUACGAAAGAGAAAGAUCGAUGGAGGCAAGUAGGAUCUAAUGAAAAACUAUAUCAAGAUAGUAAUGGUAAUUUUCUAGGAUUGAUCGAAAUGAUAGCAGAAUUUGAUGUGAUAAUGCAAGAUCAUGUUAGACGCAUUCAAAAUCGUGAAAUUCAUUAUAAUUAUCUUGGAUAUAAAAUUCAGAAUGAGUUAAUUUCCCUUUUGGCCCAUAGUUCUCUUGAUCUUAACAUUGAUGAUAUAAGGGGUCAAGGUUAUGAUAAUGGCUCCAAUACGAAAGGGAAGCACCAAGGUGUCCAAAAACGUUUACUUGAAAUAAAUCCAAGAGCAUUAUAUAUGCCUUGUGCUAGUCAUAGUUUAAAUCUUGCUCUUAGUGACAUGGCACAUUCUUGCACUAGAGUUGUUUCUUUCUUUGGAAUUGUUCAACGCCUAUAUACUUUAUUUUCUGGUUCUACAAAACGAUGGAAAAUUCUGCUUGAUAAUGUUCCUGGACUUACUUUGAAAAGUUUAUCUAAUACUCGUUGGGAGAGUCGAAUUAAAAGUGUAAAACCUAUUAGAUUUCAGGCUCCCAAACUUAGAUUGGCUUUGACAGCUUUAUAUGAUUCUUGUGGUAAUGAUGCAAAAUCAAAAAGUGAAGCAGAGUGUUUGUUUAAUGCACUGGGCAGUUUUGAGUUUUUGCUUGGUAUGACUAUUUGGUGUGAAAUUUUGUUUGUUAUAAACAAGGUAAGUAAGAAAUUACAGUCUAAGUCCAUGUGUCUGGACACGACCAUAGAAGAGGUUAAAGGCAUGCUGUUAUAUUUUGAAAAGUUCAGGGAAGAAGGCUUUGCUUCUAGUAUAAAUAUUGCGAAAACUAUUGCAAUUGAAAUGGAAGUAGAGCCUACUCUUCCUGCAAAACGCCGUGUUAUUCGAAAAAAGCAUUUUGAUGAAAAUACUCAAGAGGAUGAACUAUGUCAAUCACCUGAAGAGUUAUUCAGACUUGAAUAUUUUUUGGUGGUUGUUGAUAUGGCAAUUACUUCUUUGCAAAGUAGAUUUGAGCAACUAAAAAUUUUUGAAAAUCUAUUUGGUUUUUUGUUUGAUUCUGACAAGUUAAAGUCGCUGGCUGAGAAUGAAUUGAGAGAAUGUUGUGUUACUUUUCACUCUGCCUUUUCUUAUAGUGACUCAUCGGAUGUUGAUUUAAAUGAUUUGUACUCCGAACUUAAAGUAUUACAAUCUACUUUGCCAGAUAAACUAAUGUCAGCCACUGAAAUUCUUGAGUUUGUUAUAUCUGCAGAUUGUUAUCCAAAUGCUUUAAUCGCUUAUAGAAUCUUUUUAACAGUUCCAGUGACGGUGGCAUCAGCGGAAAGAAGUUUUUCGAAGUUAAAGUUGAUAAAAACCUACUUGAGGUCUUCAAUGUCACAAGAACGGCUGAACGGUCUUGCUAUUAUAUCAAUCGAAAAGGAACUUCUGGAACAUAUCGACUCCAAUAUUAUCAUCAAUGAUUUUGCAUCUCGGAAAGCUCGUAGAGCUCAUUUUUUAUGA